GAACAAAGAAAAAUACAUAACCCAUUCAAUAGUAUUCACGCGGCAGCUCUUUGCACGUUCGCCGAGACGAUUGGGGGACUUGCUGUACUUACUAAAUUAACAAGAAAGCAUAGAGCUAUUGUUACAAGAAUUAAUAUGGAGUAUCAUAAAAAAGCAAGAGGUACUAGUACUUUUAAUCCUGAAGAGUUGAUUGGAACUAAAGAAUGUGAAACUAUUCUCAAGGAUCAAUCAUCUGAUAUCGUCGCGAAAGCGACCAUAUUUUGGAAUAUUCGUAGCUCUUGA